CUGAUGCCGAUCGUAAAGAGAUAAAAAAUGUAUGUUGCAUACGCGCCUCAGGCUUUAGCAUAUAACAAGUACGACUCUCAAGUUCGACUGAUUGAUACGAAAUCCCUGUUAUGACGCCUCACGACUGUUGUCCGAUCGCUCAUUUUUGACAAUAUGACACGGUAUGAAAUUUAAGGGAUAAAAACACAAAGCGCCGUCGUUGCAAUAGCAUACACUCUUCAGUUGGAAACAAACAAAACAAGCGACCCAUGUAAAUUGCAAUGGACAGCGGUUAUAUUUUUCAGUGGAGGACAACAUAACGACAAUGGCGGCAAUGUCCCCGUCGAAGCGGAGGCUCCAAAAAGAGCUGAUGUCCUUAAUACGUGAACCUCCACCAGGUGUACAUGUAGAUGGUGAUCUUGCUGGUCAGAAUUUAACGCAAUGGAUUAUUCACAUGGAUGGUGCAAAGGGCACAUUAUACGAAGGCGAACGAUUUCAGCUACAAUUUAAAUUUAGCUCUAAAUACCCAUUUGAUUCACCAGAGGUAACUUUCAUAGGUGGUAACAUACCAGUUCAUCCACAUAUUUAUAGUAAUGGUCAUAUCUGCCUAUCAAUAUUGACUGAUGAUUGGUCUCCUGCACUAAGUGUGCAAAGUGUCUGUUUAAGUAUUGUGUCAAUGCUAAGCAGUUGUAAGGAAAAGAAGAGGCCACCUGAUAAUUCAUUUUACGUGUCAACGUGUAGUAAAAAUCCAAAGAAAACAAAAUGGUGGUAUCAUGAUGACAGUGUGUAACAGCAACUGCUAUAAUCAUUAAAAAAAACUUGUCAAUGUGCAGUUAUUGCUGGACCAAGUGGAAUGAUACGUUUUGUGUCUUUAACUAUUAAUGUUUAUAUAUAAAUAUUAAUGUCUGUAACUAUUGAAACUUUCAUAGAUGAAAUUUAUUGAAGUAACUUUAUCACAUAAUAAACAAAUUAGAUGCAUAAGUUAGAAAAGAAAAAAAGGCAAAGGCUGCAUAUUACUUAUUAUUAUAAUAAAGAAGCAAUGUAAAAUGCGUGAGUUAUCCAGUUAUAAAUUAUUACAAUGUUAUUAAGAAUUAUAUAUAUUAUCCCACAGUUGAAUACAGAGAAGAAAAAGAGUAGCAUAGAUUUCAAAAACAUGAAUGCUGAAGAGAAUGGUGCAUAUAAAAUAUUAAUACGCAAUAAAAGUAUUUUAUUAUCUAUGUAGGAAGUACGCUGUAAAAUGAUAUAUUAUAAUCUAAUAUAUUGCAGUAAUCACUAUUAAUAGCAUAACACCAAAAAUAUACAAUGUUAUCUCACUUGUUAUAAAAUUUAUUUAAUAUUCGUCUUUUACUGUAUAUUUUUAAAUAAAAGGUAAGCUAUUAUUUUCAUUGAAUCUCAUGGUGUGCAACCAUGAAUUGAAUAUAAAAUUAUCUAUUUAGACAAAUCAAAUGUAUAAUAUAUAUAUCAAUUCCAUUUACAUUUUAUUAUUGCUUUCACAACAAUAAAAGUGAUGUUCUUUGAACUGAAAUAAGCACAGUGUUAAAAAUGUUAACAUGUACUAUUAUUGAUUAAUAAAAUUCAGUCUUUCAUAGAACACAUGAAAUGAAGACGUUUGUUAUUAUAAUUUAA